AUGCUUAACCCCGCACAAGGCGGAGGCAUGUUCCACACAUUCCAGGGCGUAACGCCACGCAAGCCAUCCUUAGACUCGCAAGAUGGAGGCAAGCCGAGUGGCGCGACAGGUUCCAAGAGGAUCACUACCCCACACGCCUGUGCCGAAUGCAAGAGACGGAAGAUACCUUACUUUGUAGACGUUGUGAUGGACAACAACCCUGCGGGCAGUGCCUCUCGAGUCGCGCUCCGAAACGCUGCUUCUAUGACAAGCAUCGCCAGAGGGACCCUCGAGGCCCUCUCCCAGUCCCUAGAAGAGUGUCGAUCCAUUCUAAAGCGCCUUUUCCCUGGACACGAAGCGCACGCACUGCUUCCUCUCUCCAAACAAGAACUUCUCGCCCUUCUCGACCGCCCCGCUGCCCAUCCAACCGCGACGGCCCUUCCAUCGCCUCCUCUGAACACAUCGGCACUUUCUGAUCUAGAGUCGCCCGGAAUUUCAAGCCUAGAGCAGAUACCGUCCAGAGAUACUGAAUGGGAUGAGGAGAGGCGGGGAAGGGAUCCGAUUCCUGUCGAGGCCGACGAUGUCAACGCACUCUCACUAUCGGUAGACCGCCAGUCAUCCUACCUUGGCGCCUCCUCCAUCAAGGCGGCGUUGAUGGUAAUGCUUAGGGUCCAGCCGGGUCUCAGGACGGCGCUCACAACACCACUCAACAAUGUCGAAAUAGCGAACAAUUAUCCCGUAAUUCGACAGAAGACCAAUGCUCCAAAGGAUAGUCAGCGAGUGCCAUGGUCAUGGAAAGGGCAGACGUUGAUCGAUGCCUACUUCAAGCGCAUCCACGUCUUCGUUCCGAUGCUUGACGAAGCAGCUUUCCGCGCAGACUACCUCGAAGGCCAACGGUUCGACGCUCCUUGGCUUGCGCUCCUCAACAUGGUGUUUGCGAUGGGGAGCAUCGUUGCCAUGAAAUCAAAUGACUUCACUCACAUCAAUUACUACAACCGCGCAAUGGAGCACCUUCCAAUGGAUGCUUUCGGUAGCAGCCAUCUGGAAACCGUCCAGGCCCUAGCUCUUAUCGGGGGCUACUAUCUGCAUUACAUCAACCGACCAAACAUGGCCAACGCAGUGCUUGGAGCCACGAUCCGGAUGGCGAGUGCUCUCGGUCUCCAUAGAGAGAGCCUGGCACAGGGAACUAGCGACCUGGCGGCAGCCGAGUCGAGAAGGAGAACGUGGUGGAGUCUCUUCUGCCUUGACACGUGGGCGACCACCACGAUGGGACGACCGUCGUUCGGUAGAUUUGGGCCAGCCAUCAACAUCCAGCCGCCAGAAUUUGGCAUUAGCCAACAGCGGGAUUCCGCCCAGCACGCUGGGAUCUUGCCCUUGAUUGAGAACAUCAAAUUCUGCAAGAUCGCGACCCAAAUACAGGAUCUGCUGGCCAUUUCUCCACUAUUACCCACGGACGAUCGGUGCAAUUUGGAUAAUCAGCUCAUCAACUGGUACAACGGCCUACCGUGGCUGCUUCGGACAACCGAUCCUUGCGCCGAACCGCUGUAUAUAGCGAGAUGCAUCAUGAAAUGGAGGUACCAGAAUCUUCGGAUGCUUCUUCAUAGGCCCGUCCUCCUUACGCUGGCCAGCAAUGGACUCUCGCUUCACGUCUGCGAGCAAGAUAUUGCCGCCAUUGAAACAUGCCGGGACCUUUCGUGCCAGACAGUUGAAGAUAUCGCGCGAGAGUGGACGAGAAACCAGAUGUCGGGUUGGAACGCUGUUUGGUUCCUUUACCAGGCUGCCAUGAUUCCUUUGGUCAGCAUAUUCUGGCAAUCCAACAGCCCUCGCGUCCCCGAGUGGCAGAGGCAGAUAGAAACAAUCCUUGAACUUCUCGACGCCAUGGAAGACUGGUCUCUGGCAGCCCGUCGUAGUAGGGAGGUGGUCUGGCGUAUGUACGAAGCAUCCCGUCAGCCUGCACUUAUAAAGAACGAAGGCGCUCUCCUCACUGAAGGCGCCGAACGCGGCCCUCUGGCAACGGAUACGGAUCUUCACAUGUCGCCGAUCGGAAUAGAGCCAGACGGUAUGGGUAUGGUGAACAUACUGGACCAACAGGGCUUGUGGGAUAUGGAUGCUGUGUACUGGGGCCAGCAUGGCGAGCGAUCCGACUUCGCACCCUACGCGAUGCACGAUGGGGGCAUAGCCUUGGAUUAUGACCUGAUGAUAAAUCCUGGGCAGCCCUUAGACACUAGUUAUUUCAUUCCUUGA